UUUCUCCGUCGUCAUCCCCCCAAAGCCCUACACAGAGAGGACGCUCUCUCUCUCUCUCUCUCUCUCUCUCUCUCUCUCUCUCUCUCUCCUUCGUCGAUUGGAUUCUCAGUUCGUGUUCGCAUCCGAUUGAAAUGGGAGGAAGCGACACCGCAGCUUCCGCUGUGGUUCCGGAAUCGGCGACAGAGUCCGUGAACGCAACAUUGGCGAGCAUGGAGGAGCUGAAGCCACAGAUUCUGGAGCUCAUGUCUUUGUGCGAACCCGAAGUCCUUUCCCUGCUGCCGCCAUUGCAGCGAGCCAAGGCUCUGUUCUUACUCGCGGAAGCCACCACAACUCUUUUCACUCUGAGGUUGAGGUGUACUGGAGUUCAUCCCGACGAUCAUAAUGUUAAAUCGGAAAUUGAGAGGCUAAGCUUGUACAGAGAGAAGUUGCAGCGGUCUAUGGAUCGGAGUAAAGAGCCGCUGCGUCCGACAACUGUCAUAAAUCGCCAGGCCGCAACCCGUUUCAUCGAGCACUCUCUUCCUGACCUUACAUCAGACCAAAGGCAAAGCAUGAGGAAUCUUAGUAAAGGAGAUAGAUCUAAGACCAAGUACUCGGAGGCAAAUGCAAAGAGGAGGAAAUACCCAUCAAAUGAAAAGCAGUCUGUCCAGGCCGCUGCAAAGGAGUUCCUUGAAAAGGCUUCUCGUGAGCUUAUUGGAAACAAUGAGAAUGGCGUCAAGGGUCCUUUAAUGGCAGUUGCUGAUGGUUCAGAUGAAGAAAUGGCAUGAGCUGCAUACAUAGAACAGGCAGGACCUGCAAAUGGAGCAGGCGAAGACGGGUCAUAUGUGGUGGUUUGGGGUUCAUUUGGUUGCGGAAUGUUUCAGAAGCCCGUGGCGGUUUUCUCCUCCAGGUUCUUUUUGUUAUGCAUUAUUUUGAAAAUCCUAAUUCUUGUUCUCGUUUUUCCAUUCUAGCCUCAAAUGGAAAAACAAAAACAGAGUUGAGAGAUCGGAUUGAGACCCAAUGUUUUGGUAUAAUCUCUCUCUCCCUCUCUAUGUCAGUAGGAGUAGCCAUUCCAGUUUCGGUUUCGUAUAUUUGAAUUCGACUGUAUUUCGGUUUGGGUUCAGUUUGGAAUCGGAUGGUAGUUAUGGAAAUACUCAUUUAUCAGUUUUAAAAAAAGUAACCAUCUAGUUUUUAAAUGGAACCCAUUUCGUUAUUCUUUGGGUUGGUUUAUUAUUCCGUUAUUAACUAAAUUGUCCACCUCUAUUUCCAUAUAUAAAAAAAAACCCCAACAAAUCCAUGAACAACUCAGGUUGUAAAGCAAAAAGAUAAAAAAAAAAAUCACGAUGACAAAGUCCUUAAUA